AUGGGAUAGUUUUUAGGGCAUUUACAAAAUGCAUAACCUCCCCAAUCAAAUCCAUUACUUAAUAAUUCAAUAUCAAAAUUACGUGAGUAUCAUGGGUCUUUUCAAUCUGUUUGCGAUACCUUUAGUAUAGAUUUGACAGAGUUCGAAUAGAUAUUCGGAAGCAAUGAAACCAUGUUUUAGAUAUGGGAUACGGACAACAACGGAUUGAUCAACGCUUUGGAAUUAUUUUCAGGUUUAAUAAUUUUUGCAGAGAGUAAUUUCGAGGAAAAGGCGCGAUUUUUAUUUGAUCUAUUUGAUUUCAAUGAAUUGAAUUCCUUGAGUUUAAUUGAUUUGGAUUUUAUGUUGUUGUCGUGUGCAAAUGCCACAUUCAAAAUAAUGCAGAUAAAUAAUGAAGUAAAUGAGGAAGAAAUCUCGGAUUUCUUAAGUAAUUUUUUUUCGGACAAUCAAAGAGUAAACAUAAGCCAGUUUUUGAAAUGGUGUGUGAAGACUGAGGAAAUUAGACAAUUCCUAUAAUUGAUAAAAAAGGAGGCUCCGGAAUUGAAGGUUACAGCUUAAGCGGAAUAACUGAGUCAGAAAAUAGACGUCCUAAGAUAGGUAUCGAACAAGGAGUUUAGAAGGAAACUCUUAUUGCCAGAUUCGAAGCGUCCCUACUUUGAUCAGAGGAACCUUGGAUCAAUAUUAUCGUCAAAGGCAUAUCAUUCGAAAAUCUAAUGGAUAAGUAGUUUGGCAAAGAAAGUGUAUGCUCCCUAACCGCAAGUGUUUUAGAAGGAUGUUUAUGCGAAAAUGAAUUGGGUUUAUGGAUUUCGGGGUAAGGAUGUGCAAUCGAAUACAGACAAAGCAUUGAAUGAGAAGAUGGUGUUCUUUACAGCUUGUAUAAUAAUUGUGUAUUACCCGAAAAUAAAUGAGCAACGUCACUAUUUAGAACACGAAAGUGAAGUAAUAAGUGUAGCAGUAGCCAAUAAUUUGAGUUUGAUGGCAAGUGGAGAAUAUGCAGAGUAACCAGCUAUUCACAUUUGGGAUAAUAAUACAUUGCAUAACAUAGGAGUGAUAAAGGGUGUUCAUUAGAAGGGUGUGCAUUUAUUGACAUUUUUUGGUAAUGAUGAAUUGUUAGCAUCAUGUGGAAUAAGAGCAGCAUCUCCUAUUUUGAUUUAUAACAUCAAGGAUUUCUCUUUGGUUCUUUCGACUUAGGUGAAUGAAUUUGCAGUAGAUUUAUUGACCAUCAAGAAUUUGGUGGGGUCAUUUGGAGGUACUAUCCAACAAAGAUAGUAAUAAACAAGCCAGUAAAGUUAACCUAAUCCAUUCAAGAAAUACGAAAACUCUUUUGUAGUUUGUACAAUUCAGCAGAUAAUCCAAUUCCAAUAUUAUGAUGGUCAUUUUUUGACCAAAGAGAUUUAUUUGGAAUAGUAUAAUUUAUCAUCGCCUUUGACUUGUGCAACAGCAUUAAGCAUAGUUGCCAAAGAACCUAAUUUAAAAUCUUAUUAAGAUGAUUCCGAAGAGGCAAUAGUGAUAAUAUCAGGACAUUAAGAUGGAUCAGUGAUUUUGUGGGAGAGUUUUGAAACAAUGGAAUAGAUGACAUCUUAUAAGGACUAGAUAGUUUGUAUAACCAGUUAUCAAUAUGGAAUCAUAAUUGGAACGGAUGCUAGCACCAUUCAUCUGUGGGAUUUUAAGUUCAAAAACAAUAUAAAGAAUAUAGAUCUAACAGCUUUAAAUUUCAAGUUGUUUAGUUAUGUUAUAAGUGAUAUAGUUGUAGCAGGAGAUAAAUUAUUGGUAUCCUCAACAGAAGGCGAUGUAGUGGAGAUCUUUCUAUAAUAGAAACAAGAACACUCCAGCAAUUAAUUUGGCAAUAAAUUAAAAGCGAAUAGAAUCAAUUAUAUAGUUCAACUGAGUGGAACAUUGUAGGCUUUGUGUAUAUUGGAGAGACCGGAUAGUGAUGACAAAUUGGUAUUUUGUGCAGGAUCUUAAUAAACAGUAUAUGGAUUUUCAUUGGAGACACAUGAGAUUGUGGAUGUGUGGACUAUUGGGGAUUAAGUAUCAUCAAUGGAUUGUAUCAAUUUUGAAGAUGGAGGAGCAGUAUUUGCAUUAGGAACAGUAUCAGGUAAAGUGUAUUUGAGAUUGGAUUGGGAAGAAACACCGAGAUGGUAUGAUUUUAAGCAUUAAGUGAAUGAUUUGAAGUUUUCAUCAGAUACUUCUUGUUUGGUCUGUGCAGUCUAGGAUGCAUUUGUCUAUGUGUUCUUUUUGAAUAACACAUCAUACUUUUAGACUGCACCAAAGAAGAUUCAUUUUGAAGGGGAAUUACCCAUUUGUUUGGAUUUCGUUGAUGAUUGCAAAGUCUUUAUUGUGGGAACUACAAACAAGAAUCAAUAUAAGAUUGAAUUGCCUGAUAUGAAAUCAAAAUUGUUGUCCUCAGAAAAUGAGAAGUUGAAUUCAACUACUUGGGUAUUACAAUAUCCUUUAACUUCGAGUGGUAAUCAGAAUUCAAAGAAGGAACAGUAUUUGCCACUCUUGAUUGGAGGGGAUGUGAAGAUAUUUUUGGCUGCAGGAGAAGGAGGAUAUGUGUACUUUUGGAGAGAUCGAGAAUAAUUGGAAACUAAUUGUGGUGGAUUCUUGAGAGGACAUGCUAGCAAUGUGAGUAGAUUACAGAUGACCAAAACCUAAGACGUCUUUUACACUGUCGGAACUAAUGAUAACACAUUGAUUGAAUGGAAGAUUGAUUUUAUCAAUGAUUUAGCUGAUUUCUCUAAACCAUUCUAACAGGAUGACAAAUAAUAAAUCAACAAACCUGGUCUUAAUAAUUUCUCUAUGGCUUCCAAUAAAUAGGAUUUCAAUUAAACCAUUGAUGAAAUCUUCAAAAGAGAAAAGGAUUAUUGCUUUUUCCUAAACAAUAUCUCUGACAAAUUUAGAGACAAUUUUGUUCAAUUCAGAGCAACCAAUCAAAAGAUGCUAAAUGGAUUACUCCAAGAACUGAUUCCACCCUUCGAUAAAAAACAGCAUGUUAUGAAACGAGCACCUCCCUUGUCUUUGACUCUUGAUUACAUCUAUGGAUUCUUGGCUUACGACAAAAGGAGAACUCUAUUCUAUGUUCACUUCUAUAAUAAACAAGAGAAGAAGAAGAGAGGAGGAUAACAAUAAUAAGAUUUGAAGUCUGAAUAAAGAAAGAGAAUGGAGUAAAUGAAUCAAUAGAGUAUUAUUUUACCUGUCCAAUUCCAAAAGGAAAUGCUCUUUGCUAAAUAAGCCUUAUUACCUUAUGAUGAUUCUCAUAAUGAUUGUUAGAGACACUUCGUUUACAUAACUUCUAGAAUAGCAGUUGUCUAUAAUCCAUUGAACAAUCAGCAGAAAUUCUAUGAAGGACACAGAUUCAAAAUCACUUGUUUAGCCAUCCAUCCAUUAAAGUGUUUUGUAGCCACAGGUGAAUGUGCACCUAGACCUUGCAUUCACGUUUGGAAUGUAUUCAACACUGAGCCUGUCAAGAUCAUUAAAACAAAUCAUAAGAAUGGUAUCUACGACUUGGUAUUCUCCAGAGAUUCAUUAUUCAUUGUGAGUAUAGGCAUAGACGAAACCUAUUCAAUUUAAGUGACAUCUUGGAAGAAUGAAACCAUAAUAGCAUUUCGAAAUUCAGGGACAUUCCCCAUCUGCUGUGUCAUGUUCAACCCUUACAACCGAUAUGAGUUUGCUACAUGUGGAUACCAGAAUAUCACCAUAUGGUCAUUACAGGGCAGAAACCUGAUUAGGAGUUAAGUGAUAUUGUCGGAUGAGGUCAAGUAUACAAAUGGUUGCUUUAUCACUUGUCUAAGUUACAUCUCCUAUCUCUUAGGGGAUAAAAUAGAAAGUGACAUUAUUGUGGGCAACAACUUCGGAGAUUUGGCCUUGGUUGCUUGUGGUAAAUACAUAGUUGUGAAAGAGAGAGCACAUCAAAAAAUGAUCAAUUGUUUGAAGAUAUCCGAAAUACUGGGAGAUAAGGUUGUUAUCAUCACUUGCGGAGAGGAUGAGUACAUCAAAAUAUGGGAUACCAAAUUUAAUUUGAUUAAUGAGUUCAACAUCCGUAAGACUGGAUUCUUUUAGGAUGGCACUCCUGCAAUUAGGAAUUUAUCUGCUCAAUCAAUUGAUAUAUUUUCUUGUAGAGUUCCAAAGAGACAUCUGAAUGAAGAGGAAGUGGAAGAAUCCCACAAUUUAUCUGUGAUGUUGGUUGGAACCAGGAAUGGUGAUAUUUUGGAAGCUGCAUUUCAAGUAGAGUUUUAAGGCUUGAAAUUAUAACAAAUCAAAAAACAAGAAAGCCAUUCUGAUGAUGAACAUAGCAAUUCUCAUGAUUCCAGUGGAUCAGAACAAUAGUAGAGACAACCUUACACAACGACAGAAACUUUGAAAUUCAACUAUUCCAUAUACAUGAGAUCGCAUCAAUCAUAAUUCUUUGAUAGCAAACAACAAAUAGAUUUCUUUAAUAAGAAGAUGUUCAUCACUCUCCAUCCCACCUAACCUAUUAUGGUAUCAAUGGGAGAAGAUCAGAAGUUAAUACUCUGGGAUACUGAGAACAAUUCAUUGUUAUUAGUCAAAAAUAUGGGUAUGACUCCUACUGCGAUACGAUUAUCCCCAGAUGGAGAUUUGUUGGUGAUUGGUUUUCAAAAUUCAAUAGUUGUGAUUAUGGACUCCAAGAUCCAAAAGAAUGCGAUUGGUAAAGUGAGUGAACGAUACUUGUUGCCAACCUUGGACAUCAUCAUGAACAUCAAAGAUAAGGAUAACAAGAUGGCUGUUUUGAAUAUAGAGUUCUCACAUAAGGGGGACAUGAUUGCCAUUUCAUAUGAUAAUGCUCGUAGUUAGAAGGACGCAUUUGAUUCAAAAUUGGAAAAGGAGGGCUCUUUCAUAUGCAGUGUGGGUUAAUAGGGAGCAACCGACAAGAAUCUAUAUUUGAAAUACACAGAUAUUCGUUGUCCUUAAUUAAAUGAGUCUUAUUAGAAUGACAGCGACACGUAAGGAGUGGCUGCGUACUUUAUGACAUUCAGUUAGGAUGGCAAUUACCUAAUAAUUUAUUAUCAAUUGAUAAACAACCAGUAAACUAGAAUCAACAAUGAUCCACAAGGUGCAUAUGUGAUAUGGGAUCUGAAUUCAAACACAUCUGUCAAGAAUUGGGAGACCAUCAAAAACAUUCAAUGGAAGAAGUUGAAUUUCCCAAAUAGUCUGCAUUCUUAAUAUCAAUUUUAUGACUCGUUGAUUGGUGACCCGAAGUAAGGGUAAGAACAGGAGACCAAUUUGACCAAUGAGACCCUGAUUAAUCCAGUGAUGUCAGUAAUGGUUGAUCUAUCUCCAUUUUUAUUAUGUGGAAGUACCAACGGAGAUUUGCACUUGGUCAAAUCCUCGUGUCUCUACUAUGAUAAAGAUUUCAUCACAGAAAUCAGUAAAAAGUAGAAGUGUUUGGCCAAAUCCUAUUCUGCUCAUGUUUCCUUUGUGAAUCAAAUAGAGACUCAUCAGAAUGCUCAAUAUCUGUAUACUACUGGUAUAUUGGAUGAAUGCAUUAUGAAGUGGAAAUUAACAGAAGAACAAUAAAAUUGGGAUUUGGAUUACUUGAUUUACGAUAAGAAGCAAGCUGAUCUGUUUUAGGAAGUGCAAGAGAAGGAGAAAUUCAAAAGUUUGUUCUCGGAGUUACUACCCUUACGUUAAGGGGAUAUCGGAUAAGGUCAAGAAUGUGGAUGA